GUUUGAUCUAAAAGGAACGGAAAAGGUAACCAUCUUACUCCAAAAGAAGAGUCAAAUGAUCCAGCGGUUAGCUCGUGAGAUGUGGCCUACGUGGCGAUGUAUUACUGGGCAAAGAUCUGGUACAUAUCUGAAUGCGUAGCAUACGAUCAGUACCUCUCCAAACUCCAAAGGCCGAUUUACAGCACAAGGAUGAAGACAUAUUGAUAUGAUCCCCACCACAUCGCCAUUAUUCAUCUUCUUGUCCAUAGCAUUGCCUACACGUCUUCCCCUUGGUUGCAUCUGUGAAGCGCCAAUCGUAUUCGAACCCUAGCUCCCGAUCUCAAUAUGCCGUCUGCUUAUGGUGCUCGAUUGACCACCUUUGAGGAUUCCGAGAAGGAAAGCGAGUGUGGUUACGUGCGCAAGGUUUCAGGGCCAGUGGUCAUUGCAGAUGGAAUGGCAGGGGCUGCUAUGUAUGAACUUGUCCGUGUUGGACAUGACAACCUUAUUGGUGAGAUUAUCCGUUUGGAAGGCGAUUCUGCUACAAUUCAAGUGUACGAAGAAACAGCCGGACUUACAGUGAAUGAUCCUGUUCUUCGGACACACAAGCCUCUAUCUGUGGAGUUGGGCCCUGGAAUCUUAGGGAAUAUAUUUGAUGGUAUCCAGAGGCCUCUGAAGACUAUUGCAAGAAUAUCAGGUGAUGUCUACAUUCCUCGUGGUGUGUCUGUCCCAGCUCUUGACAAGGAUAUACUUUGGGAAUUCCAGCCUAAAAAAAUAGGCGAGGGUGAUUCUGUAACUGGUGGAGAUCUAUAUGCUACUGUGUUUGAGAACAGUUUAGUGGAACAUCGCAUUGGUCUACCUCCUGAUGCCAUGGGAAAAGUGACAUAUAUUGCACCACCUGGUCAAUACUCAUUGAAGGACACUGUCUUGGAACUUGAAUUUCAAGGUGUCAAAAAGAAAUUCACCAUGCUUCAGACUUGGCCUGUACGUACACCUCGCCCAGUUGCAUCAAAGCUUGCUGCUGAUACUCCUCUUCUUACUGGGCAGCGUGUUCUUGAUGCCCUUUUCCCCUCGGUUCUUGGUGGGACAUGUGCCAUUCCUGGUGCAUUCGGCUGUGGGAAAACAGUUAUUAGUCAAGCUCUCUCCAAGUACUCAAAUUCGGAUACUGUUGUUUAUGUUGGUUGCGGGGAAAGAGGAAAUGAAAUGGCAGAAGUCCUGAUGGAUUUCCCUCAAUUGACAAUGACAUUGCCUGAUGGGCGUGAAGAAUCUGUGAUGAAACGUACUACACUUGUGGCCAACACUUCUAACAUGCCUGUGGCUGCUCGUGAAGCUUCAAUCUAUACAGGAAUUACCAUAGCUGAAUACUUCAGAGACAUGGGAUACAAUGUAAGUAUGAUGGCAGACUCUACCUCACGUUGGGCGGAAGCAUUGCGUGAAAUUUCUGGUCGACUGGCUGAAAUGCCUGCUGAUAGUGGUUACCCUGCUUACCUGGCUGCACGGUUGGCAUCCUUUUAUGAACGUGCUGGUAAAGUAAAAUGUCUAGGUGGACCAGAACGUGAUGGUAGUGUUACAAUUGUUGGUGCUGUAUCACCUCCUGGAGGAGAUUUCUCCGACCCUGUUACAUCCGCUACCCUCAGUAUUGUUCAGGUUUUCUGGGGUCUAGAUAAGAAGCUUGCUCAGAGGAAACAUUUUCCUUCUGUCAACUGGCUUAUCUCCUACUCCAAGUACUCAACUGCUCUAGAAUCAUACUAUGAGAAGUUUGAUUCGGAUUUCAUUAACAUUAGGACAAAGGCUCGUGAGGUGCUUCAGAGAGAAGAUGAUCUGAAUGAAAUUGUCCAGUUGGUGGGGAAAGAUGCCUUGGCUGAAACUGAUAAGAUUACUUUGGAGACUGCAAAACUUUUGAGGGAAGACUAUCUUGCUCAAAAUGCAUUCACACCAUAUGAUAAGUUCUGCCCCUUCUACAAGUCUGUUUGGAUGAUGCGCAACAUUAUCCAUUUCUACAAUUUAGCCAAUCAGUCAGUGGAGCGAGGAGCUGGUAUGGAUGGGCAGAAGAUCACUUACACGCUCAUCAAGCAUCGGUUGGGUGAUCUAUUUUACCGCUUGGUGUCUCAGAAGUUUGAGGAUCCGGCUGAAGGGGAGGAUGUUCUUAUUGGGAAAUUUAAGAAACUAAAUGAAGAUCUUACUGCUGGUUUCCGCAACCUUGAGGAUGAAACCCGAACUCCAUUUUCGACCAAGACGGCCCACUUUAAGACAACUGCGGCCAUGGAUGAACUCAACAGCAACGGCGGCGGCGGAGGCGGAGGCGGAGGCGGAGCAAGUGAAAACGAUGAUGGAUUGGGAGUAACAAGAAGGAAGAGGGCCGGCAACAGGAAGGAGUUGGGAGCAGCAGCAGUAAUAGGGAGAGGGAAGCCGUUGAUAGUCGGGAUGUGUGGUACGUUGGUGUAUUACCACUGCGCAUAUCGUGAUUCAAGCAUCAUAUCACUCAUUUCCGACGUCUUCAUCGUCCUCCUUUGUUCCCUCGCCAUCCUCGGCCUCCUUUUCCGCCAGAUGAACAUCCAAGUGCCUGUGGAUCCACUUGAAUGGCAGAUAUCUCAGGAUACUGCAAACAGCCUGUUUGCGUGCUUGGCUAAUACCGUAGGUGCAGCUGAAUCUGUUCUAAGGGUUGCUGCAACUGGCCAUGACAAGCGCCUGUUUCUAAAGGUGGUUGUGAUCCUUUAUAUGCUAUCAGCUUUGGGAAGAAUAGUCUCAGGUGUUACUGUUGCUUAUGCUGGACUGUGCUUGUUUUGUUUGUAUAUUCUUGCUGAAAAUUCAUCAUUGUUUGGCUCGUGUUCAUCUAAAUUUUGCUGGAGAAGAGAUAGCCCUAAUGAUGAACUAGAUAGCACAUAGUUUCAACACUUUGUGUAUCUUCUGCAAAUUCAAGUAUUUGAGGGAAAGGAGUUAAGGAUUACAAAUAGUAUCCAAGAAUUUAUGUUAGAAAUGCAAAUGCCUUCUUGGAAUUUUGUAUCCAACUUGAGAUGUAUUUGUUCUGGGAUUAAAGGUCAACUUGAAUACACGCUUUGUCUGAACUACAUUUUUUUAAUCACAUAAAAGGGAGAUAACUGAAAGUUGUUCCAGCUGAAUCAAA